CUCCACCCAAAUUCACCAUCAAUCUCAUUCAAUUUCUCUCUCAACUUUCUCACUCUAAAAAUCCCCAUUUUAAUCUCUGCAAAUUCCUAUCAAUGGAUUCCACCACCGGAGGAAAGGCGAAGAAGGGAGCCGCCGGAAGGAAGGGCGGAGGCCCCAAGAAGAAGUCGGUGACUCGCUCAGUGAAAGCUGGAUUGCAGUUUCCCGUUGGUAGAAUUGGCCGUUACUUGAAGAAAGGUCGUUACGCUCAGCGUGUUGGUAGUGGCGCUCCUGUUUACCUAGCCGCUGUUCUUGAGUACCUUGCUGCUGAGGUUCUGGAAUUGGCUGGAAACGCUGCAAGAGACAACAAGAAGAACAGGAUCAUCCCAAGGCAUGUUCUCCUUGCAGUAAGGAACGAUGAUGAGCUUGGAAAAUUGCUCUCAGGAGUGACAAUUGCGCAUGGAGGAGUUCUACCAAAUAUUAACCCAGUUUUAUUGCCAAAGAAGACAGGAGAUAAGGCUGCAAAGGAUGUGAAGCCAUCUCCCAAGGGUGUUAAAUCCCCUAAGAAAGCUUAGAUGAUGAUGAUAGCGAGGACGGUUUCGGGUUAGAUUGAAGGAUAUGUUUGAAGUUGGUUUGUGUUAUUGCAUUUUGUAACUAUGGUAGUAUAAGUUUAAUUAGGGUUUUUAAAGGGUUAGUCAGGGGUUGUAUGUUAAAGGGGAUUGAGUCAAUAGCUGAUUGAUUCAGUUUCUGUAAUCAUACGCUUAUUAAUGAAAAACAAUAUUUAUUCUCCCUUAUAUCUUUA